UGCGAGUGGCGGCAGCAGCGGUCCCUGAGCAGCCUCCCAGGCCCGGAGCCCCGGGCAGGGAGCCCCGGCGACUCCUCCCCUCCGCCGCCGCCCGCUGAGGCGCCGCGGGGCCGCCUCCCGCCGCCGUCGCCGCUCCUGUCCCGCCUCAGCCCAGCGUCCCGGCCGCUCCCGCCAUGCGGCUCUGGGUGCUCCUCAGCCUGCUGCUGCUGCAGGAAACGCUGCCGCACGUUAUUGGGCAGCCUGCUAAGAGUAAGCAUUCAAAAGAACCUGGUGAAAACAAAAUUAAGCCUGUUAACAAAAAAGUAAAACCCAAAACACCCAAAAUGAAGGAGAGAGAAUCUGCUGACUCUUCUUUGAAGUCCCAGUCCAUACUGACACAGGUGAUGGAUAAAGGUCGUUUCCAGAAACUGGCUACCACUUUAAGCCUGCCUGCAGGACAAAGCAUAGAGCUGCGCUGCAAGGGGAGUAAUGUUACUUGGAACUAUCCUUCAUACUUAGAUACCUUUAAAGACUCCAGACUCAGUAUAAAACAGCUUGACAGGUACAGUCAGCUGAUCCUUGCAAACUCCACUGCAGCGGACACAGGUGAAUAUAGCUGCUGGCUUCAGCUCUGCAAUGGUAACAAAUGCAGGAAGGAUGAGACUAAAACAGGUUCAACAUACAUCUUUUUCACAGAUAAAGAGGAACUUUUUGUACCUACUCCCAGUUAUUUUGAGAUUGUCUACCUGAACCCAGAUAAACCUGCAGUCAUCCCAUGCCGUGUUACUACUCCUUCAGCUAAAGUAACUCUACACAGGGAAUUUCCUGCAGAAGAAAUUGAAACAGAUGGAACUGAUAUUAUUUAUGAUGUGAAGAAGGGUUUUGUCUAUAUGCACCCUACUUCUGAUCACAAAGGUAUCGUCUACUGCAAAGCAGAGUCACAGGGAGCCCCUCAGAUUUCCAUCAAGUAUCACCUACUGUAUGUGGAAGUUCCCAAGGGCCCGCCCUCAACCACAAUUGCAGCGUCACCCAAUAGAGCAGAAGUUGGUGACAGCGUUCAGGUGAUCUGCACUGUCCUUGGGGAACCAGAUGUGGAUGUGAACUUCAGGUGGCAGUACCCAGGGCAGGAGGCUGAGAGUCCGGUGAUUGUCCAAAACUUCUGGAGACUGAUAAACAGAGGAAGUGGACACACCACGAGAAUCUCAGAGAGUGUUCUUGUUGUUGAGGAUUUUGAAGCCAGAGAUGCUGGAAACUACAUUUGUAUAGCUCAGAACCUCCAAGGAGAAACAACAGUAGCUACUAAAGUUGGACUAAAUUAACAGGAAAGGCUGCUGGACAUAGAAUGAACUGUAUGGUAUUUGACAUGAUAUCCAUUUAGUUUCUUUAAUAACGUUUAAAUGAAGCUUUCUCUAUCACUGUCUCUUUUCAUAUGUUAAUGCAUUCCAUAGUCACUAGCUUGACAGACCAAAACAAAGCUCUGUCUUGCCAGCAGUAAUCAGUUGUGAGUUAGUAAAAUUACAAUGAAGCAUUAAUGUUUAAGCCUGAACAUGCAUAGGGCUUAUUAUUUUUAGGAAUAGGUGCUCUUGGGCUUUCCUUUGCAUGUGGUGUCUUUCCUCAAACUCUUUCACAAGGUUAACCUGCUCUAUGGUUUGUGCCUUUUUUAUAUGUGUGAGAACUGAGAGGAUAUUAAAUAUCCUCAAAAACCCACCAAGCAGGUGUAACUCUUCUGGUGCUGUGCAAUUUUAGAUUACUGUACAUGUUUAAAACAAACAAACAAACAAAAAAACCACAAAAAAAGCCCCCCCAAAACAAAACCUUGUUACAGAAUUUGCCAACAUCAAGUGCUUAUUUUGCAAGAAUAAUUAAAUUUCUGAACAUUAUGAAAACGUAA